CGGUCUCUAACUUGAUCUCAAAGAAAACUUGAAUCUCUCUCUCUCCCCCUCUCUCGAUCAAUCUCCGAAAACACGAAGCGGCCGAUUGAGCUCGUACGGAAAUGGCGACUGUAGGCGUCGACGCGAGACGUCCCGAAGCUUCGGAGGAGACCUGCAACGCCAAGGCUGUGGCGGCGAAGCAAGGCGAAGGCCUGAAGCAUUACUAUCUCCAGAACAUCCUCGAGCUUCAGCGUCUCCUUCGUCAGAAGACCCACAACCUCAAUCGUCUCGAAGCUCAGCGCAACGAGCUCAAUUCUCGAGUGAGAAUGCUGAGAGAAGAGUUGCAGCUGCUUCAGGAACCUGGAUCCUAUGUGGGUGAAGUGGUUAAAGUAAUGGGGAAAAACAAGGUCUUGGUUAAGGUUCAUCCGGAGGGGAAGUAUGUCGUUGAUGUUGACAAAAGUAUAGACAUCACGAAAAUCACACCGUCUACUAGAGUUGCUCUACGUAAUGACAGCUAUGUUCUCCACCUAGUCCUGCCAAGCAAAGUGGAUCCAUUGGUUAACCUUAUGAAAGUUGAGAAGGUUCCAGAUUCCACAUAUGACAUGAUUGGUGGUCUUGACCAGCAAAUCAAGGAGAUAAAGGAGGUCAUCGAGUUGCCAAUCAAGCACCCUGAAUUGUUCGAGUCUCUUGGUAUUGCUCAGCCAAAGGGUGUAUUGCUAUAUGGGCCACCUGGAACUGGGAAGACAUUGUUGGCUAGGGCUGUAGCACAUCACACUGAUUGUACUUUUAUCAGAGUUUCUGGUUCAGAGUUGGUUCAGAAAUACAUUGGAGAAGGCUCGAGGAUGGUCAGAGAACUUUUUGUUAUGGCAAGGGAGCAUGCUCCAUCAAUUAUCUUCAUGGAUGAAAUCGAUAGUAUUGGAUCUGCUCGUAUGGAGUCUGGUAGUGGAAAUGGUGACAGUGAGGUACAGCGGACUAUGCUUGAGCUUCUGAAUCAACUUGAUGGAUUUGAAGCAUCGAACAAAAUCAAGGUUUUGAUGGCCACAAAUCGGAUUGAUAUUCUGGAUCAAGCUCUUCUGAGGCCUGGUAGGAUUGACAGGAAGAUUGAAUUCCCCAAUCCUAAUGAAGAGUCUCGUUUUGAUAUCUUGAAGAUACACUCAAGGAAGAUGAAUUUGAUGCGUGGAAUCGAUCUAAAGAAGAUUGCGGAGAAGAUGAAUGGCGCUUCAGGUGCCGAGCUGAAGGCCGUGUGUACGGAAGCGGGAAUGUUUGCGUUGAGGGAGCGUAGGGUACACGUAACACAAGAAGACUUUGAGAUGGCCGUUGCAAAGGUGAUGAAGAAAGACACGGAGAAGAACAUGUCUCUUCGCAAGCUCUGGAAGUAGUAAAUCUCUUGCGUUUCUCAAGCAGCGUGCUAUAUUGCUCUGUCGUUAUGCUUUGGCAACCCCUCCGUCUCGAUUUAGGGUUUCGCAGCUUGUGGCUUUUGCCUAUGGCUCCAAUAGGGUUUGGCAGGAAGAGAGUGGGAAUUUGCCUAUGCCAAAAAAAUGGGAACUUUCAAACCCUUUUUAUGCUUUGAAAUUGAAAGCAUCUAUGGCAUGUGAUGAUAUGAUACAUGCUUUUGCAUGGUUAUGGUAUUAUGGCAUCACAAUACGGACAUAGAGAAAUGAUGCGAGUUUUCUA